GGGAGAGAGAGAGCGAGGGGGAGAGAGACCUAGAGAAGAGAGACAGAGCUGUAGUGAUAAAGGUGCACAUUGUCUGCGCACUGCCACCGCUCGCCUCCCCCGCUACAUCUUCAAUAGAAAAAGCCAACGAAAGGGGGGACAUAUUUAAAGAGAGGAGGCAGAAGAAGAAAAAAGGAAGUGAUUUGAAGAGACAGUGCGAGCGAGCGCGAGCCGGAGAGAAAAGAAAAAAGGAUCUCCCUGCUAAAUGCGCAAAGCGUCCCGUCACCCCACGCUGAGCUCCAUGGCCAACUCCGGCUGCCUACUGCUCUCCGGCUCCGGGAUGCUACCUCACUCGCUCCAGUGUCCCCCUGCCUUCCUCUACCUGCCCGAGGGUAACCAAGAGGCCACUAAUCCCCCAGAAGCGAUGGCCCAGCCGUACACCCCAGCCCAGUACCCCCCACCCCCACAGAAUGGCAUCCCCGCAGAGUUCGCAGCACCGCACCCACUUCCAACGCAGGACUACAGCGGGCAGAGCCGGGUCCCUGAACACGCCAUGACCCUGUACACGCCCACACAGACGCACAGCGAGCCGGCCGGCACUGACAACAGCACGCCCGCCAUCACCGCCACCACGACCGCACCGGUCAGUGUCCUUCAUCAUCUGCAAACACUGUUCUCAACACGCUGUCAGCAAACAGAUGAUGUGACGCAAAUAGAGGGCUCUCAGCAGCUCCAGCUCCAGCACUCAGACUCUUCAGAGAAGCAGCAGCCCAAAAGGUUACAUGUAUCCAACAUUCCCUUCCGCUUCCGGGACCCUGACCUAAGGCAAAUGUUUGGGCAAUUUGGAAAGAUUUUAGAUGUGGAGAUUAUCUUUAAUGAGCGAGGAUCCAAGGGCUUUGGGUUUGUAACUUUCGAAACAAGCACAGAUGCCGAUCGUGCGCGGGAGAAACUAAAUGGUACAAUCGUAGAGGGACGCAAAAUAGAGGUGAACAACGCAACAGCACGAGUGAUGACAAACAAAAAAGUGGCCAACCCUUACACGAACGGCUGGAAGCUGAAUCCAGUGGUGGGAGCUGUCUACGGUCCUGAACUGUAUGCCGUAACAGGGUUUCCCUACCCUGCCACAGGCGCUACCGUGGCCUAUAGGGGUGCCCACUUGCGAGGCCGAGGGCGGGCCGUGUACAACACGUUCCGCACAGCUCCACCCCCACCACCCAUCCCAGCUUACGGAGCGGUGGUGUACCAAGAUGGCUUCUAUGGUGCAGAGAUCUAUCCGCAACCGCCACAACCACUGCACCGCUGCCUCCCUGCACCACUCUCCGUCGGACGUCUUCCCCCCGGAGGAUAUGCAGCAUACAGAUUUGCCCAGCCCGCCACCACCGCUGCUUACAGUGACAGCUAUGGCAGAGUCUAUGCAACGGCAGACCCCUACCACCACACGAUUGGCCCCGCAGCCACAUACAGUGUGGGGACUAUGGCUAGCCUAUACAGAGGAGGGUACAGUCGCUUCACUCCCUACUAAAAGAAAGAAAAAGAAAAGACAGAGACAUUACCGCAACAAACAAACAAAACAAAAAAAACGAUCUUAAAAAAUAACAAAAAACAACACAAAACAAGCAAAGGCCCGGUCCUUGGUGGAGAGCUAAAUCAAACUAAAAGCUUCCAGGUCCCCACGCUGAGCCCCUCCCCCUGACACCCUCUCAAGCUGAUAUUUCUACAACAACCUAUUUGAUGUCAUCAUUGGUCUGCUCUUGUUUUGUAUUCAUUUUGUGCUUUUGGUUUUCUUUUGGAAAGUUUUGUAUGCACAUGUGCAUUACCUUGAUUGCUGUAUAUGGGUGCUGUGUCACCAUAACCAAUGUGAGCCUACUGCAGCACGCAUGAUGCAUGCUCAGAGGUGUGUGUAUACGCAGCCGCUGUCAUCUGACUAAGAAUAUACUGGGGCAUUUAUUUUUUAUGAUACAUGCAUGACAAACUGGAAACAUAGCAGGUGUUAUCGGGUCCACGCUGAUCCAAUUUCAAUUUGAACCUUCCAUUACGGACAAAGAGCUCGGUGUACACGCUGACUCACAUGCCUCUGUAAUUCUUAGCUCAAAGACGGCACUGUUCUGACUGCUUUUGUUUUUUCUUUAAACGUUGGAGUGUCCUACUGUUGUGCACUUGCAGUGGAGCCUUACAAGCUGUACUAUGUGGUCUGACAGCAUGCAGACCACUGCCUGAAGGUCAGAUUUCUGUCUCACAAUGCUCACACUUUGGCUCAGUCUUCUGCAAAUCACUCGAUGUUUGUAUGCAACUAUUCUGCACGGUUCUAGAGGGGAGUGGAGCGCUGUCUUGGUUGUGUUCAGGAACAAAGAAAACUGUUAAAACGGGGAUUGAGCGUUUGUUUUUCCAACCAGCAGCCUCGGUUUGCAUCGCCCAUUCUAGUAGUUGGCAGUGAUAUUUUAAACAUUAAACGGGGAUUUGCAUAUCAAUAUUUUGGAAAAAUAACACACCCAUUUUACACAUACACAGAGCUUUUAGAAGAACCAAAUUCCUUCUUGUAUCACACCCAACUUGGUAAAUGGCAACGUCUCUUUAACUCAGUUUUUUUUUAAAUAUGUAAAAAGUAAUGUUUUUAGACCAUGAUGCUCCUCGAGAAUUAGGGGAAUGAAGUAUAAAGUGUUUUCACUGGCUAAAUAGUUUGAGUCAACUUGCUGUAAAAUAUAAAAUUGAAGAAGUGCCUCUCUUUAAUGUUGCCAUUCAAACAUAUUAACUACUGUCGAAAUAAAGUUAGAAUAUUUUUCAACAUAGUCAAAGGAUUUUUUGUAUUUUUUAAUUGAAAAUCAUUGGUGAUGCAUUAUAUAGGAAGGCAUUUUAAUGUCUUACUCACAUAAAAUGACAUGGAUAUUGAGGGGAAUAAUUGGUAGAUACAUCAAGAUAAAUUACAAUCUCAGAAGCUUGUAAAUAGGAGUUAUUAGACGGAUUAGUGCAAUUAAUCAAUUAACUGGUAAAUCUAUCAUAAGAAAAUUUAUAUUAUGGAUCCAACUUUAUCUUUAUCAUUUUAAUCUGCAUCCCUUUAGUUUUGGAUUUCUGUGUGAACACUACAAGCUAUUUAAAGACGUCGCCUUCCUCAUUUUUGCAGAACAAACAAAUGGCUAAAUAGUUGCAGAUGAACGUAAUUUGCAGAAGACUUGGCACUAACACCACGGCAGAUGAAUUGUACUCAAGGUGCGCUGUAUUAUCACAAACACACUGAUACGCAGUAAGGACACAGCACGGAGGUGGUUGAACCCAACAGGGGGCUGUUCUGCAUAGAGUCUCUUUUUAAACAUUUCACAAAAUGUUUUACCUCAGGAUAAACUAACUGAUCACAGACAACAAUACAGUGCUACACACUCCUCAGCAGGCAGGAUAGUUUAUUUUCUAACACAACCAGCAGGUUUGUCCUCUUAGCAAACACAGCUUUCUAUACGAGAUGAUUUUUUGUUCAAGCAGAGACCCCAAAAGAGGACGAUAAAAAACGACUGUACUGUUGUUCUUUAUUAAAGCUACUGUAUUAUAUAUAUGUAGACAUAUACUGUAUAACUAAGUUUACACUGCAUACUCACACGUACAGUACGAUAUAUUCUAAAAGCACUCUGGAGACGUGAUGUAAAUGUGUAGAGUGCAGCAGAGCUCGCCUCUUAGUCCACAUACAGUGGUUGCAUUGGCUUCUAUUACAACUGUGUGCUACGUGAGGCAGAUUGAAAAUGAAAAUCUCUGUGUAGCUGUUAGCGGUUCAAGAUUUCAGUGCAGCUAGGAAUACAACUCAAAGCUAUUGCUGACAGUAUUUUAUUUAUAUGCACUCACAAAAGUGUUUGUGGUCUCAGAAAAAAAAAUCAGUUUGUUGCACUUUUGCUUUUCCAAACUUUACAAGAUGUUACAUAUUUAUAAAAGUAUCCUAUACAGCUAGUUAUGUCUAGUCCAGAUGUUAAAACGAUAUGUUGUAUAUCAACACACAAAAAAAGAAAAAUUAACCCAUAAUCUCAUGAGUCUAAAAGAAUCUUCACGUGGGUAAACAAAUGUCGUUCUUCCUUUUAUAUGCUAGCACUUAGUUUUUAUAUGAGUCAAAGCAAACUUUGAAUAUUACUUUUAACCAAACAGGUGAAGUUGUUUGUGCAUUUGUGUGAGUUUCUAGUGUAAACUCUGCAGCAGAGUUCAUGUGCGGGUGUUGGUUAGUGACCACUAUUAGGAAAGCUAGAAUGGAAUUAAGUCGAUUUUAGUUUUCUGAUGUGAAUGUGUGUGCCUAUGUGCUCUAUAUAUACAUAUAUAUAUACAUA